GCUCUGUCUACUGGACACAUUUUUCGACCGACUGCUUUGACUCCUUUGCACACAGUGUCUAUUACAUAGCCUAUGCAUCAUAUUUCGGCCCAGUGAAGGUAUAUAAGCCUGUGAGAGCAGCUGAGGGGUUCACUGCAGUGAAAAGUUUCAUCUGAGCGAAUCCACUCUUGUCUUAGAGAUAACCCUAAGUUAAAUCAAAAAAAUGGCAUUGGCAGCAUCUCUGAAAGAGGCUGACAUCACUGCAGCCCUCGCAGCUUGCCAAGCUGCUGACUCUUUCAAGCACAAGGACUUCUUUGCCAAGGUUGGCCUGACUGCCAAGAGCCCCGAGGACAUCAAGAAGGCCUUCGCUGUCAUUGACCAGGACAAGAGUGGCUUCAUUGAGGAGGAUGAGCUGAAGCUGUUCCUGCAGAACUUCUCUGCCUCCGCCAGAGCUCUGACCGACGCUGAGACCAAGGCCUUCCUCAAGGCCGGUGACGUUGAUGGCGACGGCAUGAUUGGAAUGGAUGAGUUUGCCACCAUGGUCAAGGGUUAAAUGAAGAAACUGACCAACAUCCUAUUUCACUACUCUAAAGGAACAACUUGAGCCAAGACAUACCCCUCCUCUCUUCUUCCUCUUCUCUUCCCCCUCACUAUUUUUCUCCCCCUCAGACUCUACACACCACUUUUAUACAUUUGACUUUUCACCUCCUAACUGUAAACAAACUGCUCCCUCUCUCUCUCACUCUCUCUCUCUCACUCCCUCUCUCUCUCUCUUUCUGGCCAUGUUCACCCCUUCUACUGUCCACGAUGAAUGUACCUGACUAAGUGUAUAGCGUGGUGGUUGACUUGUGUCUUUCUCUCUCUCUCUCUCACUUCUGUCCUCAUUUUACUAUGUAAGUUUUUCUUACUGUGAGAUCAGCGAUGAUGCACUUUUAUGGGAAACGGACAGACGAUGAGAAAACAAUAAAGGUUCUUUUUCAAUAACA